UGUUGUUUGUGGAUCCUUCCUUGCCCCUGUUCGACAAUAACCUGGGCAUUGGCUAUUUCCUGUCCCUCUCCUCCACUCCGUAUUUCCAGGAACCCCCCCACUCUGGAACCGGAGCCUUCAACUGCUCAUCCCCUGGCCACUUCCAUCGGCCCCUGACCCCCCAAAGCUCGACACUUUCUUGUUAUCUCUCCUAUGGUUAGCCAUGGACCCCACUCAGCUAUUCGAUCAACGUUCUCUCUGCAUCCAGGAUUGCGGUGCAAAAGGCCGGGGUGUUGUCACCCGAAAAUUCAUCCCUGCUCGCACAGUCGUUGAUAUCUCACCGGUCCUUCUCUUCCCCUCGGAGGAGUAUCAUACCCACGGCCAGCACACCCAGCUCGACCAUUACACAUACCGAUGGCAGGGCGGCAUGGCUCUAGCGCUAGGCCUCGGCAGCAUGUUCAACCACUCCAACAAUCCCAACGUCGGUUUCCAGCGGGACUUUGAGAACAAACUGAUCCGGUACACUACCCUACGCGAGAUCCAUCCAGAGGAGGAGCUUUGUAUCUCAUAUGGGCCCAACCUGUGGUUUCCAGAUAUGGAGGAAGGACAGGACGGAAGCGCAAAGGGUGUGGGCCAAAGCCCUGGAUCGGGUCGGAGCGAAUUAAGUGACAGCGACGAUGAGGCUGGAGAGUCCUUCUUAGCACGGAUGCAGUUUUCGGACGACGAGCAGGAGGCAUAAGUUGAUAGACAUUCAUGCUUGUCGCAGCACUUUUGAAUAAAGCAUUUGGAAUGAGCGGUGAUAAGGCAUAAAACGCAGGGUUGCCAUUAAAAUUGCUAUGCGCCACAUGCGCACAGUCCAUACUGCUGUGCUUGGUUGCAUCGCGUGUCGGCUCUGUGCAAGAGCCAGAAAUGGAGACCCGCAGCAUGUAUUCAUCUUGCUGUGACUCCAUCCUUCGAUCCGCAUCCUGGAGCACGGAUACUCUGAGGCGCCAGUACAGUAUACUUCCGAAAAAGUAGGAGGCGCCAAGGAACGCUUCCCGUAGUUUGAUGACAUUCGAUAAUUCCGUGCAUCGAAUCGGAUGGUUCUCUGGACUCGCCGAGAAAAGCGUCCUAUGUGUGCUCCACUGGUGC